AUGAAUAACAAACAAAUUCUCUUAUCUGGUUUGGUUGCAUCAUUCGUCUCAUCAGCUGCUGCUGGUAGUUGGAAUGCUGGUGACACUAUUGCCUUGUUGAUUGGUAUUGCCAUGUUCUUUGUCCUCUUGUUGGCUUUCUUGGGUUGGUUAUCUCGUCGUUCUUAA